AUGGACAUCGAGUACAACGACAAUUGGCAUACUGCCUCUGCCCUGUCGUCUCCCACACUCACUCCACUUUCUGAGCUCUCGGACCUUCUAGCCGAUGCUCUCGAAGAAGAUCCUUCGCUGAGCAUUCUGUCCCCUCACAAGUCACUGCAGGACCCUUCUGGUUCACAGUCUCACACACAACAACUGCCGAACCCCUUCAGUUCCCAACCUGACACUGAUCUCAUAACACCCUCCCUUGCCCCUGCCAUUUUGAGUCCAACAUCAUCGGCCCCAUGCUCAAUGAUCGAUCAUCAGUGUACCGAGUCUAACUCCUCUGACUCAUCUGCAGAUCUCCUCGCAUACACCCACCCCAUCCAAUCCAAGAUGGACUCCACGAAGACGGGCCACCUGAUAGCAUCUGUCAUGCAGCACUCUAUCAAGCAAGCCCCCACCGUCUCCACAGGAAAACUCACUCCCUCUGUCUUACUCCAAUGGGAGUCCGCUUGCAUCCAAUAUUUUAAGAAGAAGUCUGUUCCUGACGAUGAAAAGGUUUCGCACGUUACAGGUGGGUUCAUGGAUGAGCUUGUCCACGACUGGUACCUUAGUGACAGUGACACCAUCGACGCCCUCAAAUGGCCCAAUUUCGUUUCGCUCCUGCGAAAGCGUUGGCUCGACAAGAACUGGGAGGACGCCGCCCUCCACCAGCUCAUACAUCUCCGCCAAUGUGACGAUGAGCCUUUCAAAGAUUGGAUCGUCUCCUUGGAGAAACAGAACACUCUCCUCUGUGACAGUCCUCUUCGCAUGGACACUGCCACCCUUCGCGCGCACAUCUCUGCCAAUGCGUGCGAGGAGAUCCAUCUCGAAUGCAACAAACCUGUAUACUGUUCCCUCUCUGACUUCAAAGACUGGAAGGAUGCCAUCACUGCCUUCGACAAUGAUCGCCUCAUGGACCAUGCUCGCCGUCUUCACGAACUCGAUCAUUACUUAUGCUCCAACUGUUCUUCCGCUCCCUCCUCCUCCUCAUUGGCCAACUGUCCUGCAUUUGCAUCCAAGACUGCCCCGCCCGGCACUGACUCAAAGCUACGUGCUGUCCUCCCCAAGCUCACCGAUUCUGACCACGCCCUCUACGACAAAUACGAGGGCUGCUACAAAUGCCGCUGCUUCUUCGUCAAGUGCAAGAAGAACAACUGUCUGAACGACUUCCCCGAUGCAGCCACCUACCAGCCUCUUACUGCGGCUGCUGGAUUUGCUGCUUAG